AUAUAUAGUCGCUCUCUUUGAUUAUAUAAUUGUACUUAUUGUACUGCUUUGCAUUUCCAUAGACAUUAUCUUAAUGGGACUUGUUCCAUGUCCUUUGCCCUGCCGCUUACACAGUACAGAUUCCGAGUCCAACUCUAGUUACCACCUCCACUCCGAUCCUUCAUCCUCCUCCUCAAUAUCUUCCCAGCCAAGCCUUGCCUCUCUUCCUUCAACCUCCUCAAUAUCUUCCCAACUAAGCCUUGCAUCUGUCCCGUCACUAUCACAACAUGUACUACAACAAACCCCAACAACCCAACUCAACUGCAUAGCAAUCCUGAAAUCCGACUCCUCCUCUGUCUGUUCCCUAUUCAUCUCCGGAGAGUUCCUCUACACCGGCUCAUCCGACGGCGAGAUACGAUCAUGGAGCUGCAGAGACAUCUCCUCAAACACUUCCAAGCUGCUAGCCACAACCAACUCCACAGUCAAGUCUCUAGUGAUUGUGGGCGACAAAAUCUUCAGCGCUCACCAAGACCACAAAAUACGAGUUUGGAAAUUCGAUACAGCCAACCCAAAUGACCACAAAUCCAAAUGCAAAUGCAUGGCGACCCUGCCGACACUGAAAGACCGUCUCCCACGACUGUUCUCCCCCAAAAGCUACGUCGAAGUCCGGCGGCACAAGAAGUUAACGUGGGUGCAUCAUGUGGACGCAAUAUCAGCUCUGGCUGUAUCGAAGGACGAGUCUCUUGUCUACUCCGCUUCAUGGGACCGCACGUUCAAAAUCUGGCGAACCUCCGACUUCAAGUGCUUGGAGUCUGUGAGCAAUGCGCAUGAAGAUGCCAUAAACGCAAUAGUGGUGAGCAAUGACGGAUUUGUAUACACCGGCUCGGCGGAUAAGAAGAUCAAGGUGUGGAAGAAGCUCACCGGAGAGAAGUAUCACACACUUGUUGAGACACUAGAGAAGCACAAGUCGGCGGUGAACGCCUUGGUUUUUAGCUCCGACGGGGGAGUGUUGUACUCCGGCGCGUGUGAUCGGUCGGUUCUGGUCUGGGAAAGAGAGAGUGGUGGUGGUGGGAUGGUUGUGAUCGGGGCGCUUAGAGGUCAUACUAAAGCAAUAUUGUGUUUGGCGGUGGUGGGGGAUUUGGUGUGCAGCGGUUCGGCGGAUUGUAGUGUUAGGAUUUGGAGGAGAGGGGUUGGUGAUGAUCGGAGUUACUCGUGUUUGGGAGUGUUGGAAGGUCAUAGGCGACCGGUGAAGUGUUUAACGGCGGCGGUGGGUUUUGACGGUGAUGAUAAAAGUGGUUGUGUUGAUUCUUUUGUUGUUUAUAGUGGUAGUUUGGACUGUGACACGAAGGUGUGGCAGAUACAGGUCCCUUAUUUGGUUAAUUCGAGUUAAAUAAUUUUAG